AUGGACCAAAUUAUUGUAGUUCCUCAAGAAACUAAAGACCCAGAAAAAAAUCGUACAGUCGAAAAAACUAAAAAUAAAUUUAGACGAAUCUUAUACAGAAUUAUCCAGAUUGUUCCAUACAGACCCAAAACUGAAUCCAAUAACUUCUAUUUAUUCAAAUUCUUCUUUAUGCUUAUGAUAUAUGCUGUUUGCAUUUUCUACGUGGUGGCGUUAUCAUUUGGUAUUAAAGACGAGAAUCCACAUCUUGAGAUAUAUAAAAAUCCUUUGAAAACAAUACCCGCGCCAUUUUUGAAUUUUUCUGCUCCAUUUGACUUUUCGUUAAAUUGCAAUUUUAUUGGACUAGAUCUUCAAAUAGCAAAAGGAAAUAACUCGUGCCAAGAAUACUUUGAUGAUGUUCUUUACAGUGAUCCUAAUAAUUUGAGUACAAUAAUACCAUCAAAACAUGGCUCGUGGAAUCCAUCUAAACUUUCGAAUAAUUCGAAUGCUGAAAUACAAUUGGGACCUAAUGGGGUGUUUGGAUUAAUAGUAGAGGUGUUUCGAGACAAGGAUUCUAGCAAUGCUUUGAACAAUCAAACGAAUUCUAUUUGGAAUACCAAUAUGUGGGUUAAAGUUGUGGAUCCAGAAUUUUACAAAACGAACUUCUCUCAAGAAGAUCCUAAUUCAAAAGAUGUGGUUGAAGAAGAGGCUAAACUACAAAAUUUGCAUUUUGUUUCGCCGGGUCAGAAACAUAUCGUGUGGUUCACAAGAUCAUUAAACAAGGAUCUUAAUAGCAAUAGGGCUCGUAAUCUAGCUGGUAUCGCCCAAGUAACGAACGACUAUUAUGUUAUCUCAUCCUAUAUGGAUGUUGUUAGCCCAGAUAAUGCAACUGAGUUUGAUCAGUAUGCGACGAUUGAAUUCUAUUAUCAGACACGAGAGUUAACAGUAAACGGGGAGACUAAAGACAAAACAGUUCUGGGAUUACUAAGCUCUCUUGGUGGCGCAUUUAGUUUAGGAAUAGCAAUCUAUGUGUUUUGCUUUGGCGCGAAUCAAAUUACUCCCUUCGGGUGGUCCCAAGAAUUACCUUACAUCAGAGGAGAAAUGAAGAGAAAAUUACGAGAGAAUUUCGAAGAAAUUGACGCUUUACCAUUAAUCGAGACAGAGUUCCAUGAAUCUAGCGAUAUUGUAAGAAAUCAUGCAGAUAAUAUGGCUAGUUCCAAUAAUGGUAACGCCGAUAAAAUCGUUGUUAAUGCUGAUCUCCUUAAAAAAUUGAUAAACCACGUUAAUUUGUUGGAAAGAAGAUCUUGCGCUAUGGAGCUUUUAUUUCGAGACUUUGUUGUUGAUGUUGGCGAUUUUGAGGAUCUUGUGACUAAAAAAGACGAGCAGAAGAUGAAACGGAACCAUUAA